AUGUGGAAGAGAAUCGACCGUCAACUCAAGAUCAGAGCAGGGGAUGGGCCUCCGGCAAGCCAGCUCAAGGAAUUGGGUCCAGCUCAGGAACUCACUGUGCCACACCCUGUAGUGCUGUCAGAGUUCCAGAGCUUCCCUGUGUUUGAGGACAUCAGUCAUCACAUCAAAGAAGUGGGGGCCCAACUGGUAAAGAAAGUCAAUGCCAUCUUUCAGCUGGACAUCACCAAGGAUGGGAAGACCAUUCUGAAGUGGACCAUUGAUCUGAAGAAUGGCUCUGGGAACAUGUAUCCAGGACCCGCCAGGCUCCCGGCAGACACUGUCUUCACAAUCCCGGAGCCUGUCUUUAUGGAGCUGGUUUUCGGCAAAAUGAACCCUCAGAAGGCUUUCCUUGCUGGCAAGUUCAAAGUGAGCGGCAAAGUUCUGCUUGGCCAGAAGCUGGAGAGGGUUUUCAAAGACUGGGCUAAGUACUGA